AUGAUCUGCAAAUGUGUUUUCUUGGUGUGCUCUCUGUUUCUCCUAUCUGGGGAAGCUGAGAAUAAAGGUCCUAGUUUGGAGCUGUUGAACAAUCUGGAGAAGCAGGACUUGAUGAAAGCGUUGACCGAUAGUUUCAAAGAAAUUCAAGACUUGCUUCAGGAGAGAAUGGCGAUCAAUGAAAAAAUACUGGCUCACACUGAAAUAAAACAAGAAAUGCUUAAUGAUCUGGAGAACUACAUGAAUGAACUUGUUGAAAGUUCAGUUGGCGAUUCUCACAUCGAAGUUGGACCUGCUAUGGCUUUUAUUAAAAAAUAUGUUGCAAUUUUGAAUAAAGAAAAAGCAAAAGUGUCUGGUGAUCAGGUGUUUGAUAAAGCAUGGUAUGCAGGAAAUAAAAAAUCUUUCGCCUUCGCUAAGGACGCCAUUAGAAUGGUUUCAAAAGAAAUUCCUGUUAUCCAAUCAGCUGAAACGAGUUUUAUAAUAUGA